AUGACCAAGUCUCUGGCGCCGAAUGUCGCCCCCUCGGUGUCGCUUUCGCCGGCGUUGACUCAACCUACAGACAUCAUCCCCCUUCCGCCAGCGCUGCCGGCGCCUCAGCCGGUGAAGCAGCCGAUUAAAGGACCCACCACUACCGUCAACUUGAUCCUGGGAGGCAUUGCUGGCUUCAUUUCCGCCACCGCUCUCCAGCCGCUCGAUCUCCUCAAAACCCGCCUCCAACAGCAACAACUGCUGCUGCUGACGGUGGUGAGGGUGACGUUGAAAGGCGAACUUGCUAAGCUUACUCGGAUUAAGGAGUUAUGGCGAGGCGUGGUGCCGCUGAUGCUCCGCACCGGUGUUGGCGCCGGUCUCUAUUUUACCUGUUUGCUGAAAGCUAGACUGGCGCUUGCUGGCUAUAAAGCUCGUCGUUCAGGCACUGCCAUUGCCACCAACGCGUCGCUGGUGUUGCCUAAGCUUUCGCCGUUGGAAAACUUGCUGACAGGGUUCGUGGCUCGCGCCCUUGUCGGCUAUGUCACGAUGCCAAUCACCGUGAUCAAGACCCGUUACGAGUCCAACAUGUACCACUACCGACUGAUGAAGGAGGCAGUGUUGGGAACGUACUACGAUGGCCACCCUCGUGGGUCAAUAAGAAACUUUUUCACCGGGUCGAUGGCGACAUUGGCUCGCGAUCUGCCCUAUGCGGGGCUCUAUGUCCUUUUCUACGAGGCCAGUAAAGCCGAACUCCCCCAGAUGUUAUCGGGAUUACUGGUAUCGUCGUCAUCGCUGGUGGUUAACUCAGCCCUGGCAUUUAUCGCUGCAUCACUCGCGACCACGGUCACGGGUCCUUUUGACGCCAUCAAGACUCGUCUUCAGCUUAACAAUCAGCUCACCUUCGCUGGGGCUACUCGCCAGCUCUGCGGCGAGCCGGGUGGUUUCCUUAAUUUAUUCCGCGGGUUGUCGUUGCGUCUUGGCCGUAAAGGGCUCUCGGCGGCGAUCUCAUGGUGUGUCUACGAAGAACUCAUCCGUGCCGCGGGCCUUUACAACUCGAAACUCUGUACAUAG